GCCACGCCGUCGGUCACGUCAGGGUGGACCCACCGGUCGAAGCGAGGCUCACUGGCAACAACUGGCCUCCUCCCAUUUGGAUCAUUUCUGAUUUCACCUCCGUCUACUCCUUCCCUCCCCUCUCCGUGAUCAUUUGAUCCACUCCCUCAGUCCAUUUGUUGUAUAUAUAUAAAGGUCCUCAGAAGGCUAUAGGGCGAGAGCUGUCUGAAAGCGUUCGAAGAGAGCCUUCAAAGAUCAUGCAGGGCCUACGAGCUCCUCCUGAUGAUCUCUCAGUUCUGGAGAGGCAAGGGGCGUGCCUGCUGAAUUGGCAGCAGCAGGGCCGAGAGCAGUCAAAUUAUAAUCCUCGCGGCGGCGGCUACUGCAGGCAGAUGCAGACUUCCUUCCAGGCGCUUCCCAGUGGCUGCGGCGGGGAGAAGAACGCGAACCACGGCGACGUUCAUGGAUCAAUCGACUGUUUCAGUAACGGAUGGCCUGAUCUUGCUAAUAUUCGUUAUCCCGUUCAUGGUGCUGCUAAUGUUGAGGAAACAAGUAUUACUAACGUAAGCAGCAACAGCUCAAGGAAGAGGAAGGCAGAUAAAUCUCCCAGAUCAAAGCAAAAGGAGAAUGGUGGAGGUGGCAAAGGUGACAGCAGCUGUAAGAUAAUUAAAGAAGAGACGGGAGGAGGGGCAACCUCAGAGACGGGGCAACCCAACAAGAAGGAAGCAGCAUCUGGAGAUGCCUCGAAGAAGAAUGACAAACCUCCGAAGACCGACUGCAUUCAUGUCAGAGCUCGCCGGGGUCAGGCCACUGACAGUCAUAGCUUGGCCGAAAGAGUGAGAAGGGAGAGGAUCAGCCAGAGGAUGAAGUACCUCCAGGAUUUGGUGCCCGGAUGUAGUAAGAUAACGGGAAAAGCUGGUAUGCUAGAUGAGAUCAUUAACUAUGUCCAGUCUCUCCAAAGACAAGUCGAGUUCCUGUCGAUGAAACUUGCUACCGCGAGCCCAUUGAUGGACAUCAACAUCGACAACAUCUUCGGUAGAGAGCUCCCGAUGCUGGUGCAGAUAAAUCCGUCUUGCAAAUCAAGUAGCACUGCGAUGAUCGGCAUGUCGUCGGAGCUGCUGGACCAAUCCUACCUUCGAUUCGACUCCUUACAACAUCCUCAUCCUUGCUCCGGGCUCGACACGUUCAUGGAUUCUUCGGAUUUAGUGCUUCGGCAGAACGUCAAUCCACCAGUAGCAGUGCCUGAUGCAUCCUUUGGUUCAUCUUUUGAUGUCAAUGGGUGUUCUGUUUGGAGUACAAACCUGCAAAGCUUGUUUGGCGUGGAUUUCCAGCAAGGAAGAGGGGCAGCCCUCCCCUUCUAAUCAUCAGAAGGAAGCGUCUUACCUAACAAUCACAAGAUGGAGAUGUGAUGGUUAAUCCUCGUCCUUGGAGUCUGAGGCCUAGAGAUUGCUCGCCGUAAAUAUUUGUUGUAAUUGUAUUCAUUCAUGCUGCAGCAAUGCGAACCAACGUGCAUGAUAUCGACCAUGUUCCUGUUACCUUCCAAUAGGACUCCAAUUGGUUCUGCAUUUCGUCAGUGGUACUCACCAUAAUCACAUAGUCUCCGUUAAUAAUCAUCACCUAAAGCCCUGCUUUCCAAUAUCAUACAGCUUCUGCCUUUUGGUUGCUAGCUACUAACAUUUACCUGAUGUUAGGCAGGCAGUGUACUCAGGCUCAGCUCCUUGCAGACUAUAUAUACCCAUGGAUAACAUAUGCCCAGUGGAACUUCAAUCAUGCUUUUGAUUAUAAGGGAAACAACACCUGUUUCGAUCUACUAUUUGUGAAUCAGCAACAAAGGAUAAAGCCUCAAAAAUGACAUGGCAGGAUUGUUUCCGUAAACGUCAAGCAAAAGUGUCUGAGGACAUAAUAAUCACGGUCAUGCCUUCUCUUGUUAGUCAAGCAAGAUCUCCGUUUGUGCUGGCUUAAAGAUGGUGUCGGACAAUGCAAGAUUGGUCACACUGCAAAUCCAUCAAGAGAAUGGAUGGCAAUCCAAAACUCGACUACAGUGUGUUAGACAUUAAGUGGUACUGCUUCGGAGCAGUUAAAAGUAGCCCAUCCUUUCACAUUUCACAUUCACAAAAGUUCCAUUCGAUGAGACAUCCGAACUAAUUAAUCGCUAUUGCAUGUCCUGGAUAGGUCCCCGGUCGGCACGCGCAGUAGCUUUCCAUGCAUAUCCCCACCAGGCCACCACCUUCGCCGUGGAACUUUGUUUCUUCGGGUCACCAUCCUUGCCUUGUGUUGCUGAAAAAGAUGGAGAGGUGGGAUCACUGCUCCCGAACUAUUCAUGCUAAGUAAUAUAUUAUAUAUAUACACAUAUCCGUAGUAUGUAUGGGACUCGUCGCCACACACGGAGGAGAGGAUGUCGGGGUCCUCUUUGUACUGUUUUGUGGACAGCGAGAGAUGGAUGCGACUCGCGGUUGGGUCCAUGUUUAAAUGGGGAUUUCUCAGGUCACCUUCACCGGAGAGACUCGCAGUCCUCCUCCUUUCGGAUGGUGGCCUGGAGCUUUCGGUUGAGGGAUGAGGAUUUGGCGAGGAGGAGGAAAUAAUGACGAUGCGCCUUCCACGGAGAAGCAGCCGAGUUAUUUAGCUGCGUUGGUUGGUAUCUUCAAGAUGAAGCAUUCACAUGAUGCAGUUGGCUUUGGCCGAAGUAACUUUCAAGACCGUCCACCAACUUCAACUUUAUCUUUGUGUGGAAGUCGGACGCUAAUGGCCGUGAAAAUGUAAAAGAAGACAGUUUAUCGUUUUGAUUUUACUCUCUAAAGAGAAAAAGGAAAGAAAAGAACGAGUUUGUCGAUA